CCGAACAGCUGCCGCGCACCGCCAUCCCCUCUGCAUCGACGGCCACCAACCAGCUCCCCUUCCUCCUCUCACCUCCCCAGCAGAUCACGCGGCGAGGGAACGAAGCCCACCACCGACAAACUCCUCCUUCUCUUCCAGCUUCCCCUCCUCCGGCGCCGGUCCUGCGGCGGCCAUGGGGAUGGUGCGGGCGGCGUGGUUUCUGCUCCUGUUGGCGUUGCUCGCGGCGGCGGACGCAAGGAGGCAGAAGGGCGGCGAGACGGCCUGCGACAAGGGGUGGGAGUGCAGCGGCAGCAGGUUCUGCUGCAACGAGACCAUCACCGACUACUUCAAGGCCUACCAGUUCGAGGAGCUCUUCGCCAAGCGCAACAACUCCCUCGCCCACGCCGCCGGCUUCUGGGACUACAAGGCCUUCAUCACCGCCGCGGCCCUCUACGAGCCUCGUGGGUUCGGCACCACCGGCGGCAGGGAGAUGAGCAUGAAGGAGGUCUCCGCCUUCCUCGGCCACGUCGGCGCCAAGACCUCGUGUGGAUAUAGUCUAGCUGACGGUGGUUCAUUGGCUUGGGGUCUUUGCUACAACCAUGAAAUGAGCCCAAGCCAGAGCUACUGUGACGACAGCAACGAAUUAUACCGUUGUGCUGAAGGAGUUGAGUACUAUGGUCGAGGCGCCCUUCCUGUUUACUGGAACUACAACUAUGGUAUCGUGGGUAAGGGUAUCAAGCAGGAUCUGUUGAACCACCCAGAGUUAUUGGAACAAAAUGCCACUCUAGCAUUUGAAGCAGCGAUCUGGAGGUGGAUGACUCCAAUGAAGAGGAAGCAGCCAUCAGCCCAUGAUGCCUUUGUUGGCAACUGGAAACCAACCAAGAAAGACACUUUGUCCAAGAGGUAUCCUGGCUUCGGUGCGACAAUGAACAUUUUGUAUGGUGAUGCCAUCUGUGGUAAAGGGUCCAUUGAUAAUAUGAAUGGCAUUAUAUCCCACUAUCAACAUUAUCUUGAUUUGAUGGGAGUUGGUGCUCAGCACUCUGGAGAUAACUUGGAUUGUGCCGACCAAGUACAUAUGGGAGCAUGCAUGAAAAAAAAAGAUAUCACGGCGAACAUAAAACACAGUCAACACCUCAAAAUCUAUUGUGAAUUCACAGAGAUAACAAGUGUGGGAGUUCAAAGGCAUAUUCUUACAGCACUACAGAUGGAUGGAUAUUUACCACUGAAGCGGCUUAUCCAAGUGCCUUCCUGGGGACCGUCUGCUGGGAACCACACAGACCUGGAUAACCAGGGCACCAGCAACCAUUACCGGCAUUCAAACAAGGCAAGCAGGAAGAAGAUGGAGCUCACCAACAUCCCCCAUCUUGCCUCCUCCUCCAGCUUCUUCUUCUCCAGCUGCCGGAGUAGAAGAAGAACAGGGAGGGCUGUGAUAACAGCGCUUGCUGCUAGUAGUAGGUGCAGUGCUGAUUCUGCAUGCCCAGAGCCCAUUGAACAGCAAAAUAUAGACAACCUUUCAGGUCCUGCAAAUACCCAAUGUUAUAGAAGGCGAGAUUUUGCUGCUGUUGCUCUGCUCCCUUUUCUACUUCCUCAUGUUGAUAUGGCGAGUGCAGCUGACUCAUAUGAUGGAUCAAUUAUUCAAAACGGUGUGAGGAAUGUCUUAUCCAAGGUGAAAGCAGCUGGCGUGCUUCGUUUGGUUUUCCAUGAUGCAGGGACUUUUGACAUUAGUGACAAAUCAGGUGGCAUGAAUGGCUCCAUAAUCUAUGAAGCUGACAGACCUGAAAAUGCAGGACUUAGUAAAUCCUUAAAGAUACUACGAAAAGCAAAAGAAGGGAUCGACCAGGUUCAGCAAGUGUCAUGGGCGGACUUGAUCGCAGUGGCUGGUGCUGAAGCAGUUGCACUCUGUGGAGGGCCUGAAAUUCCCAUAAGAUUAGGCCGUUUAGAUUCCAGUACUGCUGAUCCGACCGGUAAACUUCCUGAAGAAACAUUGGAUGUUGUGGCCUUGAAAACAUCAUUUCGCAAAAAGGGCUUUUCGACACAGGAGAUGGUCGUUUUAUCUGGAGCUCACACAAUUGGGGGUAAAGGAUUCGGGAAUCCAAAUGCUUUUGAUAACGCCUAUUUCAAAGCACUCCUUGAGAAGCCACGGCCGACUUCAUCUGGCAUGCCGAUAGGGCUGCCCACGGACUGGGCACUCACUGAAGAUGAUGAAUGCUUAAGGUGGAUAAAUAUCUACGCGGAGGACCAGGAUAAAUUUUUUGCCGACUUCAGAGAUGCAUACACCAAGCUUGUAAAUAGCGGAGCCUCGUGGAGAGCAGCUUAGUUAGAAUUACUAAGUCUUUUUUUUUGUCUAUUUCAAAAAAAAGUCUUUUUUUGUCAAUAAGGAGGUGUCACCCCUGGUCCCCGGCCUCUGAAUCUAUUGAUGCACAAAGCAAGUGUAAGAUUCGUGGAAAUUUUGUCUGCUCAUUCCCUGUAUAUUGCUUUGGCUCGUUUGGAGCUCAGAAAAUUUGUACAGAAAAUAAACUACAGUUUGUCUGGUUCA